AAUUUAAGAUUCCCAAGGGAAGACUGGGAGUGACCAGGAUCGGAGACUUAUCUCUGCAGGAUAUGAAAAAGAUUCCCACGCUGGCACUCAUUGAGCUAACUGCUCUCUGCGACGUCGUUGGCUUGGAGCUGAAGAGAAACAAAGCAGUAAAGCGGAAGGCUGCAGAGCGCAAGCUUUUUGGGGUUUCACUUGGCACUUUGUUAGAAAAUGACGAAAAGCUCUUCCCAAAUACCAGGGUUCCAUUGAUUCUGCAAGCAUUGCUGUCGUGUUUAGAAAAGAAAGGUCUGGACACGGAAGGAAUCCUAAGAGUUUCAGGAUCACAGAGCCGCAUUAAGAGCCUGGAACAAAAGCUAGAAAGUGAGUUCUAUACUGGUUUCUUCCAGUGGGAUGAGGUCCAUCAGAAUGAUGUCUCUGGCUUGCUGAAGAGGUUCAUCCGGGAACUGCCCACCCCUCUGCUGACGGCAGAAUACUUACCUGCCUUUGCAGCUGUGCAAAAUAUCCCAGAUCUGAAACAGAGGCUGCAGGCUCUCAAUCUGCUUAUACUGAUUUUACCAGAACCCAACCGAAACACCCUGAAGGCUUUGCUGGAGUUUCUGAGGCUGGUGGUUACCAGGGAGCGGAAAAACAAGAUGAAUCUUUGGAACGUUUCCACAGUCAUUGCUCCAAAUCUCUUCAUGCACAAGGGGCUGCCGAACAAGAUCCCGGAAGGGAAGGAGAAACAGCUGGCCGAGGGUGCGGCGGACGUGGUGCGGAUGAUGAUCCAUUAUCAGGAUUUACUCUGGACUGUUGCAUCUUUCUUGGUUUCUCAAGUGAGAAAACUGAACGAGAGCAGCAGCAGGAGGUACCAGUUCUGUGACAGGAGGAUCAAAAACCUGUUAAGGAAGAUUAAUCUGGACAAGGAGAAGACAGAGAAAAACCAUGGCGAACCAUCCAAAAUAGUAAAAGUCCAGGCUUCCCCGUUCCUAAAGGAUUCCCUGGAAGUUCGCUUAACCAGUGGAACCAAAGCUGCAGAUGUCCUGAGGCAGUUCCAGAAGAACCUCUGUCAAAACGGCUGGAAUAUUGUCAACACGGUCAAACUUAUCAAAUGUAAUGGUUCGGUAGAUACGAUGAACCUGCUCUUCUAUGAAGUCGGCGGCAACAUAAGUGAACAUUGCUUGGACCCAGACACAUACCUCUUAGACCUGUACCAUGUGAAUCCUCAUGCAGAAUGGGUUAUAAGACAAAACCCAUCUUUUCCAAGGACACUCUAGGAAGACUGGCGAGAGGGAAAUGACCUAGCUGGAAAUUAUGUUAAACAAAUAGUCAAAUGGGGCUGGGGUGGGGAUGAAUUUUUUAUUCCUGGAUUUUUAUUUUUAUUUUAAUGGGAGGCUGUGAAAAAAGAAGCAAUUCCCUUUAACUGUUCACAUGAACUUGUGGCUAAUUGAAGGGUUACAUUGGGGUAGCAGAGCUUCUAUAGGAUGUGAAUGCCUGUAGUAAAGGACUACUGGAAAGAAAGUUUUAAAAAGAGACAGUCUUGUCCUUGAAGAAAUUGAUGGAGAUCGUCUGGGUUUGAUUCUUUUAAUGCGCAAGCUUCAGGUUCUCACAUUAGUGGAAAGACACCCCAGUGAACAAAUGUGCUGUCAUGUAACGCCUGCACACUUUCUAAAGAAGUAAGGCUUCUCGGAUAGAAGCUGGGGUUAUCUGCAUUUUGCUUCAUUUUGUUUCUGAAGGGCUUAAUAGGCAACCAAAUUGCCCGGAAUGUAGAGGAGAAGUUCUGCCCUCAAAAUGCUAAUGUCCCAAGCACAGUGUUGGUGACAUAUUAACUAUGCACAACUGUAGGUGUGCAAUGUCUUCUGGGAUGCAGCCUUGACAUCGCAGUUCAGUGCACAAACAUGUAUUUGUGUGUGCACACACAGUUCCACAUACAUGUUGCUAUUUGAUUAGAGUAAACCAUCUCAGUAUUACUGUUUAAUUCAACCUUUUUAAUAUUCAGAUUGGAUUUCACAUCCCUGUCUGGUUGUAAUAAUUUUUUCCUUUAGAGAAACUCCCCAGCAGAGACUUGUCUUCCUAUACUGGCCCUAACAAGUCUUUUCGUUAUGACCAAGACAAUCCAGAAACACCUGAGCCAUAUAACGUUCUUAGUCUUCAUGUCUUCAUUGUUUCUUUGGUGUUACAUUUUUAAAACGUUGUGUUUGUAGGUAUAUUUACCAAAAGCCUGUUGAAAUGAUCUAGGUUGUUCUGGAGAAAGCGAUGAUCUGUACUUAAAGAUCCUCCUUUCCUUGUUUGCUCACAUUUUUUAAAAGGCCAAAAUAUCCACCUAAAUGUGUAGAGGGUUUCUCAAAAUUGGUAGUUUUGAAUAUCUGUAUUUUGCACUUGUGACUUAAAAGAGGGCCUAUUUAUUUUGAAAAUGUCAACUAACAGAGACAUUUAAAUGGUUAUUUCAUGUUAUCCACUUCCAAACUAGUGGACGUGAGAAAGCUAAACCCUUUCUUAGUCCAAACACCACAGCUGAUGUUGUCAGAAGAGCAAAAUAUGAACAAAUAUGCCAGAAGAUUGCCUCAUUUGGACAUAAAAGGGUUUAGAAGGAGGCAUUUUGUCAGCAUAAGAAAGGAAUUCGUGCUUGAGGGUGGAUGAGUAGGGCGGGGAGUCCACCUUUAAUACAAACAUGCAUUACACAUCUGAUCUCUAGAAAAGCAGCUUUGGAAGGAAGGAAGCAUGUAUCUGAAACCCCAUUUCUUCUUUUGCAGCGGGGAGGGGAGAAGCUGCCUACACUAGGAGGGAAACGGUUAAUGCCUCUCCCUGCUGCCCAGCUGUCAAUCAUGCCCUCCUAAGGCUGCCUUUUGAAGAGAGGAUCAAGGGCUGUUGCAUGUAACAUCUGGUGAAUGAGUUGCCAUUUAGAUAGGAAGAAAGCAAAUUAACCUGGGAAGUUACUUUCCACUUGCCCUGUACUUUCCUUCCUUAGCCCCAUUUAUAGUAUCAUCUGACUCCUUGCCCUCCAGUGUAAAUGGGUGGCGUUGAGAGGUGAUGCGUGGGUAGUUCACAAAUCCCUUGGGGCUUUAUUGGAGGUCGGAAUGAGAAAUUGCAUGAAGAGGUGUCUCCUGGUAAAAAUGGCAACAGCAUGUAAAUCUCCUCUUCCUUCCCUCUGUGUAAGGUUGAGUCUAUCCUAACCCCAUGUCUUGGUAUCAUUACCGCCAGUGUUUUCGUUUCCCAACCUCGCUGAUAGUCAGUGCUGGGGGCAAGGAAGUAGGGAAUCAUGGUGACAUCGCAACACAAAGCAAGUUUUAUUUAACCAUACAGAUGGGGGCGGGGAAUAGUUUAUGUGGAAGCUGUUUUCUUCUAAAGCUGUGUCGUUUCAUUCUGACCAGAGUGCAGGAGUCAUGUCUUGCUCAGCAUAAACAUUUCCAACUUUGCAUUUCUCAUCCUUUGUAGACUUUUACCAGAGAAAGGAUAGGUGCAGAAAUCCAUUAGAAUUUUCUGGAAAAGUACUAACAGAUGUACUGAGCAACACAGGCUGGGUGACUCAGAUGUGUUUAGGAAAGUAUCUACAUGGCACAGCAUAGCCUUAAAAGAAUACAGAAUUGCCUACAAAAUCCCUUGAGUAUUUUUUUAAUAGGUAUUGUGCACUCUACAUCCACUGUGCAAAAUUGUUUCAUGCCAAUGCAUGGAAAUAGUCAGUACAGAACAGUCUUCCCCAACCUGGUGCCCUCUGCAUACUCCCACCCAGCUAGCAUGGGGAAUUUUCCAGGAGUGUUGAGAGUUGUAGUCCAAAGCUUGGGGAAGGCUGGUGUAGAACUUUAAGAGUGUAGCAGGCUUGCCAAGCAGAGAGUAUGCUUUGAUCCUUUAUGAUAAAGGGUGCAAGGUGGCAAUUUUGGUAACUCCGAAAAGGUCAAGGUAGAAGAGAGGCCAAUCUCUGCUUCCAAGAUAUGAAAAUUAAGUUUUGUACUUGGGGCCAAUUUGAAUGAAUAGCUUGGGGAAUGAAAGAAAAUGACUCGGAUUCCUCAAAUGCUAACAAGAGUAAUGUGAAAUGAGUAUUGCGAAAAGCUAUGUGUGCAGGAGCAAAACCCGAGAGAAACUAACAUUUGAGGGGGAUAGAUGGUGUAGGCCCAAAUCUGUCCAUAAUAUUGAUGGUCUGUCAUCACUUUCACUGUCUUUUUGUGUCUCUAGAAAUUUUAUUGAUGGCAGUUAAAGUGGCAAGGCAUAAAAUGGUAAAGCUCACUUGUGUGUGUGCGUGUGUGUAUUUUUUAAAAAAACGAUGGUUUAUAUUAUUUUUAAUGCUGUAUUUAAUCAAUAAAGAACUAGAUACGUUUCCAAAA